CCCGGUGCCGGCGGGGAGCCCGGCCCCGGCGUGCUGGGCUCUGCCGCUCAUCUUGCUCCCCGCUCUCCCGAGCCGGCAGCAGAGUUGCGCAGCUCCCGCCGAGCGGCCGGGACGGGACGUGUCGAGAGCUCGGCGGGGCUCAGGGCUUGCGAGGCGAGGCGAGGCUGGACGGCCGGGGCAGGGGCCGAGGCCGCCCGGCGCUGGCGGCGGGGGGCGGCGGGGGCCCGGCGCGGCGCGGUGCCGCCGGGGCCCGGCGCAUGGCGGCGGCGGCGGCGGGGGGCAUCGCCACUCUGCCCGACGACGGCGGCAGCGGCGCCUUUCCCCCGGGGCACUUCAAGGACCCCAAGCGCCUGUACUGUAAGAACGGCGGCUUCUUCCUGCGCAUCAACCCCGACGGGAAGGUGGACGGCGUCCGCGAGAAGAGCGACCCGCACAUCAAGCUGCAGCUUCAGGCGGAGGAACGAGGUGUGGUGUCCAUCAAAGGUGUCAGUGCCAAUCGCUUCCUGGCCAUGAAGGAGGAUGGCAGAUUGCUGGCCUUGAAAUACGCAACAGAAGAAUGUUUCUUUUUUGAGCGUUUGGAAUCCAAUAACUACAACACUUACCGCUCACGGAAAUACUCGGAUUGGUACGUGGCACUAAAAAGAACUGGACAGUACAAACCUGGACCAAAAACUGGACCUGGACAGAAAGCUAUCCUUUUCCUUCCCAUGUCUGCUAAAAGCUGACUUCCAUGGCAGAUUCUGAGCACCAGUGCCACACCAGCACUAAAGAUGUCGCCUUUCCUUCUCCUCUCUGAAGUAGCCAAAUAUAAGCAAUUAUUUGCUGAUAUUAUAACUACUUUUGCAGAUACCAGAUUGAAUCAUUAAUGUUUCAUACUGUUUUUACAUU